AUGCCUAGGAAGUUCUUAGGGGAAAGGCUAGAUGCACAUCUUGACUUUGUCAGACCUGCAUCUCUUGGAGUUACCAGUUCCGAUUUGAAUAAGCUCCCCGACGCACCCCGCUGGAAUUCGAAAAUUGAAUCGGAAACUGACAAUUCUUUGACUUCCGCUAGUAAUGGACGACGGAUCUCGCGGGCCUUUGGUGGUACAGUAAAGCUGAAAAAACGGCUCAGCUCCGUUCCUGAGCUUUUAAUCCAUGAGCUAGAACAGCUUGAAAGAAAGGCGGCUGUAAAUUUGAAGCCCCGGGUUUCGCGACGUAUUCCACCAGUCAAAAACGACGCACCAGAUGAAUCACCUCUGCCAAAGAUGCCAAUGUUGCAACGACCAGCUAUGAAACAAAAAAGCCUAAUUAGAACACACUUCAGGCCUGCAGUGACGAACAACCAAACGCACGUUUCUUCUCCGCUAGCCGGUCCACCCAUAAUUAAUACUCAUACCAACGUCUUAGCGUAUCCUGUAAUGACUGCUGAUAUGAGUAGAACCCCGCUAACGCGCAAGAAAUCUGUGGGUGAAAUUCUCUUCGAUGAAAUUCUUACAGCCUAUGGCUGCCUCCCAGAAGAUCAAAGAAAGAAAGUUCCUUCUAUCGUGAGUAAGAAUUUUGACGAUUCCUCGAGCCGGCGCUGGAAUAAUAGUUUCCAGGCUGCGAAGAAACAUAGCCAUUUAGAUUUCCAUCCGAAUAUCCACGAGGACGGAGGUGGCGACAGCGACACACAGACGGCAAUUCGCCAUGAAUUUGAAACUUCUGCUUUGGGAGACUCACUUCCCAAUCCCUACUACUCGAAUUCCAGUGGCUCUGACCCUUCGAGCUCUGGAGAAGAGUUUUCAGACAUUGGCAGCAUAAUGAGCAGUUUAAAAUCACCGCACAGUGUGCGAACCACCGAUGAUGACGAAUCUGCAACUUACUAUUCUGCUGAUGACAACGUAUCCCGUUCAAGCAAACUCGGUCUACCGAGUCCAGUAAAAUCGAGGUACUCGUUACGGCACGUCCGUACAAGUAAAGUUAUUCCACAGAUUUUCGAGCUAGGGGACUUAUCUGACGAUUCUACAGAGUCUGAAGAUGACGAAAAAGUUAACUGCAUAUCUCAAUUACAGGAAGAACUAAUGGAUCUGGACAUUAUGGAUGCGUCUAGUUCCAUCUAUGAUGAUUAA